AUGUUCAAAUCUCUUCUCUCCAAUUCAUCGGCCAUUAAAAGAUCUGUGGCUACCACCACCACCUCGAAUCAUCUAUUUGCUUCUUCUCAAAGACGUUUCAUUAACAAGGUCGUGAAAGAUGCCAAGACAGCUGUUGCUGAUAUUCCUGAUGGUGCUACACUUUGUGUGGGUGGAUUUGGUCUCUGUGGUACUCCACAAAAGCUCAUUGAAGCUCUCCGUGAAAAAGGUUCCAAGAAUUUGACAGUUGUUUCUAAUAAUUGUGGUGUAGAUGAUUGGGGAUUGGGUAUUCUCUUAUCGAAUGGUCAAAUUAAGAGAAUGGUAUCUUCGUAUGUGGGUGAAAAUGCUACCUUUGAAAAGUUGUAUUUGAGUGGUCAAUUAGAAGUGGAAUUACUUCCACAAGGAACAUUGGCUGAAAAAUUGAGAGCUGGUGGUGCUGGUAUUCCCGCAUUCUUUACUCCUACUGCAGUUGGAACUGUCAUUCAAGAAGGAGGAUUUCCAAUUAAAUUCAAACCCAAUUCAAAAGAAGUUGAAAUUGCAUCCAAACCUCGUGAAGUUCGUGAAUUCAAUGGUAAACCAUACAUGAUGGAAGAAUGGAUUCGAGGUGAUUUUGCACUUGUGAAGGGAUGGAAGGCAGAUACUCAUGGCAAUGUCAUAUUCCGUAGAACAGCACGUAACUUUAAUCCAAUGUGUGCUCAAGCUGGUAAAGUUUGUAUUGUUGAAGUUGAAGAAUUGGUUCAACCAGGUGAAAUUGAUCCAGAUCAAGUUCAUUUACCAGGUGUAUUUGUGGAUCGAAUUUAUCUUGCUGAACCUUAUGAAAAGAGAAUUGAAAAGAGAACAUUGAGUAAGGUUAUGGAUUCUCAAUCGUCAUCUCAAUCAUCAUCUCAAUCAUCAUCUCAACCAUCAUCUCAAUCCAUGACUCAAUCCAUCAAUGAUGUGACUCAAUGGGAUACUCGUGAACGUAUUGUUCGUAGAACUGCACUCGAAUUCAAAGAUGGAAUGUAUGUCAAUUUGGGUAUUGGUAUUCCAACUUUGGCUUCCAAUUAUUUACCAAAGGGUGUGACCAUUACGUUACAAUCUGAGAAUGGUAUUUUGGGAAUGGGUCCUUAUCCAACACCAGGUCAGGAACAUGCUGAUUUGAUCAAUGCUGGUAAAGAGACGAUCACGACUCUUCCUGGAUCCUCUACCUUCUCAUCUGCUGAUUCAUUUGGUAUUAUUCGAGGUGGUCAUAUUGAUUUGACUGUUUUGGGUGCUUUACAAGUGAGUGAAAAUGGUGAUUUGGCUAAUUGGAUCAUUCCAGGAAAGAUGGUCAAGGGUAUGGGAGGUGCUAUGGAUUUGGUUUCAAGUGGAUCUCGUGUGGUGGUCACUAUGGAACAUACUGCUAAAGGAAAUGCUCCAAAGAUUCUUAAAAAGUGUACUCUUCCACUCACUGGUAAGCAAGUUGUGAAUCGUGUCAUUACUGAAUUGGCUGUUUUUGAUUGUACUCCCAAUGGAUUGGUAUUGGUGGAACAUUUCCCAGGUGUGAGUGUGGAUGAAAUUAGAUCAAAGACUGAAGCUAGUUUUACUGUUUCUGACAAGUUGAAACCAAUGGAAUUUGUUUUGUAA